AUGAACAAAUACAAACAAAAACACUCAGACUUUUACCAGAAGUUCCUGCUCUCUGUCUCUGCAAACACAAGGCAGGGUGAUGCAGCCAUGUCAUUCAUGAAAGGCGAUGUGAUUCUAAUGACACUUUUUUACGUCUUAUCAGGUGCUUUUGUUGAACAAAUUGAUGGACAAGACUACAGUGUGACAUAUGCCUCUAACAACAUCUGUGGUUUAAGGGGGUCAUUUGUGGACAUUCCCUGCACUUACUCAUAUCCAAGUGGUCAUCAAAUCAUAGAGGCAUUCUGGCACCUUAAACAGGGGAGGGUUGACUUGAGUCAGGAUUCCAGAUAUCAGGGGCGUGUGGAAUAUCUUGGGGAUAAAAGGAACAACUGUAGUCUACGAAUCAAGAAUCUGAGCAACCGUUACACUCGGGAACAAUACAGAUUCAGAUUUAUAACUGAUGACUCACAAGGGAAAUACUCUGGAUCUGAGGUCUCUCUGACACUUACAGAUCUUCAUGUGUCAGUGAGACCAGAGCCUGUGAAAAAGGGAAAUGAAGUGACACUGACCUGCAGCACCACCUGCAGUCUGAGUAACAACCCCACCUACAUCUGGUACAGGAACUCACAGCCUCUGAGUUACUCACACAUAACUAGCAGCAACACUCUGUCCAUACCGACAUUUAACGUGAGAGUGGAUGCUGGUUAUUACUCCUGUGCUUUAAGAGGACAUGAGGGUCACCCAUCACCGUCUGUCUGUGUUCUGAGUUGCUGGAGUGUGACCUACACCCCACAGAGCAUCUGUGCCUUGAAGGGCUCCUCAGUGGAGCUCCACAGCUAUUACACAUACCCUCGUGAUCAAACAAUUAUGAAGACACUCUGGUUUAUCACAUGGCCUCAUAAUAGAGAACCUGAUGAUUUGAUAGACGAUGAUAAUUAUCAGGGUCGGGUGACUUAUACCGGUGACAACAAGAAUAGUCACACUCUUAGCAUAAGCAACUUGACCGUUAAUGACUCAAACAAAUAUCGCUUCAGGGUUAUAUCUCAAGAAGGAGAAAUGGUGGCUGGAUCUGAUCUCCAUCUCUCAGUUACAGAACUGCAGGUAGUGAUGAGUCCUGUGACAGUGAAGGAGGGAGACAAUGUGACACUGACCUGCAACACCACAUGCAGUCUGAGUAACAACCCCACCUACAUCUGGUACAGGAACUCACAACCUGUUUAUGAUCUACACAAUACUGACAACCAGCUGGCUAUAGACUCUGUCUGCACUAAAGAUGCAGGCAAAUACUCAUGUGCUGUUAAGAGACAUGAGAUUCACAGUUCACCUGCAAUUACUCUCAGUGUCAGAUAUGCCCCAAGAAAUACUUCGGCAUCAGUCCGUCCUUCUGGUGAACCAGUGGAGGGCAGUUCAGUAACUCUGACCUGCAGCAGUGAUGCCAACCCACCAGCACACUACACCUGGUACAAAAUGCUCAACGAUCGCUCUUCUCAAGCUGGACUGAGUCAGAAUCACAGCUUCACAAACAUCAACUCUGAGCAGAGUGGACUCUAUUACUGUGUGGCUGAGAAUGAGAUUGGGAAUGACACAUCUUCAGUGGUACAGAUCAAUGUAACCUAUGCUCCAAGAAACACCUCAGCAUCAGUCAGUCCCUCGGUUGAUAUAGAAGAGGGCAGUUCAGUGACUCUGACCUGCAGCAGUGAUGCCAACCCACCAGUGCACAACUACACCUGGUACAGAGGGAGGCAUGGUUCAGAAUCCAUAUGGCUUGCACAAGGCUGGAGUUACAGCAUCACUAACAUCAGCGCUGAGCACAGUGGGCUUUACUACUGUAAGGCAGAGAACAAUCUCGGGGCCAGCAAAUCUAAUGGCACAUUUUUGGAUGUGUUCUACUCCCCCAGGAUGACCUCAGCAUCACUCAGCCCCUCUGAUGACCUUCAUCAUGAGGGCAACUCAGUGACUCUGACCUGCAGCAGUGAUGCCAACCCACCAGUGCACACCUACACCUGGUACAGGAAGACCGGAGAUGGAACAGUUCUUCUGGGCACAGAGAGGAUGCCCAACCUCACUCUUCACCUCGUCUCUGGUGUAGAUGGACUUUAUCACUGUGAGGCGCAAAAUAAGGUCGGCUCGAAUAACUCAACGGCGGUCAGGAUCUUUUUGCCAGAUUCAGGCUUGCGCAGCACAAUACUCUUCAGUGCCUUGGGGGCCAUCUUGGCUGUAAUUCUCCUGCUGGUCAUUGUCAUUGUAUGCUGGAGGCAAGUGACAACAGAAACAUACUUUUGA